AAAUCUGAAAGGAUGUUGUCGCUCUACUGAGAACCCUAAGACGGCGCCGGUUUCUCUGGUUCCUGAGGUGUUGCGACAGUGGCCGUAACUCGCGAGCACAGUGAUAUGAAGAGAUUAUGUACCAGGAGUCUAGACAGGAGGAUGUAGGACCACUAAAGGAGGAAGCUAAAGGAGGAGGUAAAGGAGGAAGCUCCUGAAAAAUGUGUUCCCGUAGCACGCGGCACAAUUUACGGUGAUAUGCUACGAAGCGACGAUGAUACAUGCGCCUACAAAGAAAAAACUGAGGGAAAUUCUGAAUCUGAAGGCGGCGAAUACAAAUUACUCACUGUCCACCAACUUUCGGACAAAACGUACCUUUGCAGGAUUUGUGCUAAAGCUUUCGGGAAGCGAAGCAGACUGAUGGCCCAUCUUCGAAGUCACAAAGAAAGCGAGCUACACAUGUGUAAUCUUUGCCCAGAAAGCUUUCCUUCAAUGCUGGACGUUCUAGAGCACAUGUCAGGCCACAGUACGAAAACGUGGUUUCACUGCCCGCUAUGCAUAUGUUCCUUUUCAAGUGCGGUUUGGCUUCAACGCCAUAACGUUAACAUACAUGACGCUGAUGUAUCGCCUUCGGUAUCGGGUGCAAAGCAUCAGCACCAGCAUGCCUUAAAUGAAGUGGCAUGCUUGAAAUAUGCCACGGCUGAAUUCCCUAAUGUUCAACCUCUUUCACUCGAGGCUGUAAUCGUCGACCUUCCAGAUGAUAAGCGCCCACAAGAGCCCCAAGGCUGCGACGAGGCUGUUGUAGUCUCUGAGCCAUCUACUCGCUGCGCUAAUGGCCCAGCCACCCAAAGCAUCGACGCUUGUUCUUGCAGUGGCAAAAGCAGCGGAAGUGGCACACUGCAGAACUGUCGCGAAAUAGCCUUGGAGAAAAAUUGCCUCAGCGAUACCCUUCCCUACCACACCAGUGAAGAUGAUGCGCGACAUCUAGCUUCCAUUUUGGCUGACGACAUUCAAGAGACGAGUCUAGAGACAGCCAUUUUUUUCAAUGCUGGGCUCAGCGAGGGUGCACAUAGAGGAAAAAAGACCAGCAACCCCAACUGUGUUCGGGGUGGCGCAGUACCAUUGGAAGCGUGUGACUCCGAUCACCACCAGGGAGUAUUCGGCGGUGUGGCAGCGAGCGAACGCCAUUCCAGCUUCCGGAAAACACCCGACGACCAGAUUAUCCAUCGUCCCGCUGGAAUACGCGGCGGCGAUGUACAGUCCCAGAACGACGUGCGCCCCUACGCUUCAAACACUGCGUCCAACCUGUGCGAACGUGUAGGCGGGACGCACGUAAAAGAGGAGCCCCCAACAUCGCCCAAUGCACGCCUUCAGCCAGUGUCGUCCCGGAAAAGAAAGCAGCCCCAAAAGUUGUUUUUAUGUCCUCACUGCGGGGAGGAGUUCAAGCACAAGUCCACAUUCGGCAGUCACGUGGCAACGCACAGUGCCGUCAAGCCCUUUCCCUGCACCCUCUGCUCACGAACGUUUCCGCACCAGAACUCGCUGAAUGGACACUGCUGGAUUCAUGCCACUGAAAGCCUGGUACACUCGAAAAGUAAUUGGCUGAAAACACACGACGCAGCCGAAGCAAUGAAUCCGAGCACAUUUAUCCGAAAUAGCCAGCGUGAUAACCUCCGCAAGUGCACUGAUGCCGAGGCGGGUGCAACCUGUCUUGUACCGGCGGAGUGCACAGCAGGUGAAAAUCAUUCCCAGCGCCUUUUGUCUCAAGGCGAAGGGCUGACAUUGUCAGCCACAGCCAGUCCAAUCGCUGCUGCAAAGGGUGGAAGAGCUGCGAAGGAGCAAGAUUCGUUUUUCGGCCACCUUCCGACAAAAUCGAAGAAAGAAGAGCGGGCAAAUACGCCACCACAGGUCAAAGAAGAAGUGGAAGCUGUCCCGGAGGAGCAACCUCGACGUCGCUUCAAGUGCCACCUAUGUCCACGUGACUUCGCCCAGAGGGGCAGCCUGCGCGACCACCUGAAAAGCCAUGGCGGUGGCAAGUCGUACGAGUGCCAUCUGUGCCCGCAAACUUUCUUUUACCUGUCCAACCUUCGCCGUCACGUGAGGCGCCAUUCGGGUGAGAAAGGGUUCGAGUGUGGACACUGUGGACGCCAGUUUACAAGAAGGGGGAGCCUCCGCUACCACAUGGCACGCACGCACAGCUCAUUGCUGUCCGCGGUCACUCGUAGAGAGCAGAGAAGAGCUGCGCUCAAGGCUGCGAUAUCGUCUCCCUGACUUGAGUGCCAAAAUACAGCCAGAAGCCACCCGUGAGCUCCGAGCGAUGUCCAGAACGAGCACAAUUCGCCGCUAGACACAUUCUCUGCCAUCGAGUAUGCUAGAUAGCAUUGGGGCCUCCGUUAUCCGACUCCGUCCCGACUGGUUACGUUAUCACACUGUGUACCGCUAAGCCUUCUGUGCUUGCUCUGUGCGAAUUAAUUGCAAUUUAUUUUUGCCUACAGACAGUGUUCAGUUGUAGCCCUCAGGUGGGUGCUCUCAGAUGUCACAGCAAAGAGAUAAUGUUGUAUGUGCGCCCGAUAGAGUAGAGAAGAUUGGAACUGAAACCGUGUUUUUCGUGGCGGUUGUUACUGCUCUCUGCUUGUUACAAGAGAAAUGUUGCGGCGGUUACCUACGCAGUCGAGUGCGACCCUGGCAAGUGCCAUUCUCUCUUGUCCAACGUACCAGCAUGGAGUAAAGAAGGAUGUCGUUGUUCGUUGGCUGUCACUGCCUUUUGGUUUUUGCCCAUGUGGCAUGCCUUGUCGAGGGCCUUAAUCACGGCCUUGAAUGUGCCAAAAAGUGUUCUUUGGCACUAAUUUGUACUCCUAGCUGUCAAGUGCUAAUGCAUGAUUCCAUUUACUCAUUGCAGUGUUACUUUAGAGGUGUAAUA